AUGAUAUCAAAUGAUACUUUGACUCCAAUGCAACAAACUGCCUAAUUUUAUAUACCUCCUGGAUUUAGUUUCAAUAGAAGAACUCUAAAAAGACUCAAUCCUCAAAAUAAUAUAGUAGAAAUACAAACUAUCAAUACAAAUUAAAACCUUAAUAUGAAGUCAAAUAGUUAACCAAAUUUAUUAAAUCUAACAAGAGAUAAAAAUUUUUCUUUCCAUUUCGAAUCACAAUAACAACCAGUACAAUAAAACUCAGUAAAAAAACAAUUAUCUCUACUUGGGAUAUAGUAGAGAUUACUGUUCCCAAUAAUCCCUUUUAAAAAAUAGAAUUCUCUCAAUAUUGAUUCAAAAAAUAGUAUUUCAUCUCCUGAGAAAAGUAAAAAAAUUUUAAGAGCUUUAAUAAUGCCUUAAAAAAAAAGUUAAAAUUUAAUUAUAUCUCAAAAAGAACAUCGCUCUACUAGGUCUCAGGGUAGAAGUUUUUUGUAAAGUCGACCAUAAUUAAAUUUAUUAAAUAGAAUUUUCUCAUCAAAAUCGUAACAUGAAUUAUGA